CUAACUGUUUUCUUCUUUUAUUUUAUUUUCUCUGUAUUGCAGAGCUCAGAAAGCAAAGUGCUCUGUUUUCAUACAUUCUGACUGAACAAAAUUCAACAAGUUCAGUCGCUCUCACUUUACCUUUCACUUUAUUGCCGUUUAAUUCAUACCAGUAGUACUAUACUUCAAUUGAUUAACAAAAGGCAAAAUGGAAUUCGAUCUAGAGAAUCCAUUAACGGGCUUCGAACAAUACCAUUUCGAAGCCGUUUCAGCUCUCUUCGCCACCGAAUCUGAUCACAUGCCGUCGUUUCUCGCCUUCAAAUCCACCGAUGUUCGCUUUUCCCUUCGCCGCCAUUCUGUCUUCCUUAUUUCUCAAGUACAAUGCUCUUACAAAUUUGAUGGCUAUAUUGCAUACCUCGCCGUCAAUUACGUCGAUCGUUUUCUUUCCAAACAAACAGUUCUGGAGAAUAAGCCAUGGAUUGUACGGAUUCUCGUCAUUGUUAGCCUUUCGCUUGCCGCAAAGAUGAGCAACUUUGAAUUAUCUCUGUCCGAUAUUCAGAGAGAUGUAGGUUUAAUUUUUGACGCUCAAUCGAUUCACCGCAUGGAAUCGCUGAUUCUCCAUACUCUCAAGUGGCGACUAAGAUCCAUCACGCCUUUCUCGUUUCUGCAUUUCUUCAUCUCGUUUUUUCAACUCGGCGACACGUCUCUGACUCAGUCUCUUAAACAACGAGCUUCAGAUAUCAUCUUCAGUACUCAAUACGAAAUUAAACUUUUUGAGUACAAACCAUCAAUAAUUGCAGCAUCGGCGCUUCUGUGUGCAGCUGAUGAGUUGAUUCCCAUGCAAUUUUCUUCUUGCUUAGCUGCAAUUUCAGAAUGUCGAUACAUAAAUAAAGAGGAACUUAUGAAUGCUUUGGCUAUAUUGCGGGAAAUGCUGAUAGAAGGGCGGGAGUCCACAGUCGAUGCAGAGUCAUGUAGUAUGUUGACGCCAAAAAGUGUGCUGGAGUGUGAAAAUACAUGCUGUCAAUGCGAGACUCCCAUAAAUCAGGACAGUGACAACAACAAAAAGCGGAGAUUGAGCGAUUUAAUGGAUGAUCAAACGUUACAGAUUUCUCAGGUUCAGUGGUGCUAAGAUAGUAAGACGGUGUACCAGCGUCCCUAUUUUGUUUUCAUUGGUUUUGUUGUCUCGUGCAUAGCAAUUUUGCUCGAGUGGGAACAGAUACGUGGAGAACCUUUAAAUGAAUUGAACUCUAA